UAUUGAUUUUUGAAAACCAAUAUUCUCGCGUAAAAACUUGUGAUUUCUCAUCAAACAUUGAAUUAUUUUAGUAUAUUGGCUUAGGUGAGUAUUUUUUGAGAUGGUGCUUAAAUUUUCCCCAACAGGUGCAUCGAUUUGUGAUCAUAGCUUUUUGACGGCAAAAGAACCGAGUGGGGAGACUUUGCGGCAUUGGAAAUGGAUUAAAAAAAAUUAAAUCCAUGUCAUAUCCAAGUACCUAUAUACCCUACAUCGAUAUUACUUUUUUAAUUUGCAAUUUUACCAACGCUCUGACGUUAAUGCGUACCUAGUUGAUCACAGUUGUGUUGUGUUAUGUGAUCUAUCGUACAUCAUUCUACCUAGAAUCCUAGAAUGUAGCUGUUAAGACGGAUAUACAUUACAUUAAUUGGUUGAAGCUUAGUGUAUAGUGAUAUUACAAUGGAGCCUUGUGCCCCAGGAACUGAAGAUGAUGGUCCAAUCUCUUAUUCUACAUUGACAAAGCAGGAGAAAGAAAUCGAACGCAUCCUCAAUCAGAAGGCCAUUCUGAAGGAUGGAUCGUAUGCCAGAAUUUUUGAGCCUGAUAACAAGGCAAACCAUGAAUCCUAUUACUGUAGGGUGUGCGAAUGUCCAGUGCAGGGCAAAGUGUUCCAGCAUGAGGUCGGGAAACGGCAUACGCAAAAUCUGCAAAAUUGCAACAGGGCAAACAGAACUGGGCAAGAGUUGCUGGAGGGAACGUUGGAACGUGACAACGAGGUUGAGAAAGAAACGAUUGACGUGGCUCCUGGCGAACCCCUACCGCCUGGAUUUGAGGGCGAAAUAAACACGCGGACUUGUCAGAUACAGGAUAGACUGGAUGGUUUUAAAGCUGGUCCCCUGGUAGCUUUGGAAUACUUAUUGGAAUUGCAGGACUAUGACCCAUCUAAAGAACCUGUCUAUUUAUGUAUUUUGUGUGACAAGAGAGGCGAUCCGCGUACUGUUCUCACUCAUUUGGCUAGCUACCACCACAUUUCACAGUAUUUACAAAGACAUUUUCCGACAAGCUGGCGCGCCCUGACCCCGUACAUGACGAAACAAUACAAAAGGAACUGGCAAGCGGCAUUGCAAAAAAUCGGCGAAGGAAUCGAAAAGAAGUUCGGGCGAUUGAAACCGAUGCCCAUCGACAAGGACAAAUUUGAAAAGGACAGGAUGGUAUAUUUGAAUAAAAUUAGCCAAGGAAAGCAUUUUUCUGAGCUGUCAGGGUACACGUUUGAAGAGCUUAUUGUUCACGAUGAAUUGACAAAGAAUCAUGAUGAUGGCCAAAGCGGUCCAAACGUGCCCAUAGCCUCAGAUUGGGUGGCCAUCCAGAAACCGUUUAAGAGACGCAGUCCUUCUCCGCCUGUUGUCAACGCACCGAAAAAAAAAGGCGACGCCGGCAACAAAUCCUUUGAGCCUACAAAUACCAUCUCUAAGCCGCCUGGCCGCAAAAACUCCGUAACUCGCAGACCUGAGCGCAGGCAUUCCCUCUCGAGCAUUUCAAGUGAUGAUGAUGAUGAGUUAGGGGCCAGAAGAGCAGGUUUCAGGGGCAGAGGCGGCGGUGCCAGAGGAGGUAGAGGGGGAUUCAGACCGGCGGAUAGGUUUGGAAGAAAUCGAUCGCCUAUCUAUGGUGGAAGACGUACGUCCCCAUCCCCCAGACACAGAUCACCGUCUCCCAGAAGACGUUCUCCCAGGUUAAGACGUUCUCCCUCACCCAGAAGACCCAGAAGGGACGAUCCUCUCAGGAAGAAAAUGGAAGAAGAAGAAAGAGAGAAAGAGAAACUCAGGAAGAUAGAUGAGUACAGGAAAUUGUCCAGGGCCAUCGAGAACGACAUGGCGGAGACUCUGAAGAAGCAUGAGAAAAAUCCAGAGAAACAUCCUAACUAUAAUGAAGAAUGGAAGAAGUUUUGGAACAGAAGAUAUAAGGAGUUGCAAGCAACUGGAGUUGACGCGUCUAAGUAUGAUUUUAAGCCAGAGUGGAUUGAAUUUUGGAAUAGGAGGAUGGUCGAAUUGCAUAGUGAUGAAGUUAGAGCUAAGAAAGAAGCAUUACGGAGAAGACUGGCUCUCGAUGAAAUCGCCCCGAUAAAGUUCAAAAUCGGCCCAGCUAACAGAAUGCCCAACGUGCCGAUGGCAGCACUUCCGGAUCAAGACAACGAGGUGAUCGUCAUAGAAGAUAACAAGGACGACGAUAACAGUUCGGAUAGAAAGCGUGCUAACAGUCCUUGGGAAAAGGAUCUGCCUGUCCAUAGGCGGAGCCCUAAAAGAAGGAGUCCCCCAAGGAUAAGUCCACAUAGGAGAAGCCCGCCCAGAAGGAGUCCUUCCAGGCGCAGUUCCCCACGCCGAAGUCCUCUCACUAGGUCCAGAUCGUCCGAAAGAGGCAUCAAACGAAAAUCCGACUCGCGAUCCUUGUCUAGAGACCGAUCCAGAUCCAUAAAUCUGUCUCCUCACUCCAGAGAUAGGAUGUCAAAGGACAGGAGGAGCCGAUCCAGGGAACGCUUUAUCAGGGGCUUAUCCAGGGAGGACAGAGGAUUCGGGGAGCACCGAUCUAGGGAGAGAAGUUGGGAUAGGAUGAGGGAGUUCAGAGAGAGCUCUUUUGAGAGGGAUAUUAGAGGCAGAGAAAGAGUCAGGACUGUCGCCGAUUUGCCAUGGAACGUAAGGUUUGAGGCCCCACCAUCGAUGCGUGACGUUCGACCUCCGAUGAUGAGAGAUGUUCGACCUCAUCCUGAACCUCCAGAAGACGACGACGAUGAUGGUGAGAUUAACGUAGUGGACGUUUUGCGUAUCCUUACUGCUCUAGAGGACAAACUGGGAUCGUUAGGUCCGAAAGUGAUUGAUCUGUUAGCCCAAGCCCUAUCUCUAGAGAAGAAAGAAGCGAAUAGUUCCGAGACCCUCCUGGAUAACGACAUAAACUGCGUCAUCUUUGAAACGGUCAAAGAAAAACUGAAAGGCCAACUGAUCGCCGGUUUGGUAGACAUCGUGCAAGAACGGGCGUUCAAAAAGGCGAUCAAAAAGACUGCUGGUUUGCUUCAUUUGGCCAGCGAGAGGAAGAAGAAACGGGGGAAAGUAGGACACCGAGCGAAUCCUGUCGCUGUUCCAGGUGUUGGGGCCGUGGACAAGGCCGCGAUUGCCAGGCAGAUUGCGAACGCGUUGAUCGCGCAGGGGAAGACGGACGUCUCACAACAGGAGCUUGAACAACUCAUUAACGCAGUGGUCGGAAUGGCGGAAGCCUCAAAGAAUUCCAACAAACCAAUGACAACGGCGGCUUUUGUGUCUCAGAUCUCUGGCGGUGUGGCGAACAGCAAAACACACGAAAAGGCAAGCGCCCCUACUAACCAAGGCGUCACAGAUCUCGAUAAACUCACCGAACCUUUGACUCCCAGCCCUGGAAGAAACUCGCUGAGUAAUAUGGAGAACCUCUCGGAUUCUGACCUACAGACUCUUUUACAAAACUUCAAGGAUUUGUCAACGGACGAGCAACAUAACCUUAUCAAUUAUCUGAAGAAAAUGGAGUUACAGGAGCCCGAAAGAGUGGAAAAACUUAGGCAGUACGUCAAUUUGGAUCCUUCUAAGGAGGAGGAGGAUAGUAAGAGCAUGAAAAGUCCGUUUUCGAAUCGAUUUGCUGGUGCUAACCCUGGCUCAGAGGACUUGGUUGAUAUAGAGUCAGAUGAUGAUAUGGACGACAAAGGAAAUAACAAAGCUCAAGAAAAGCAACAGGACAAUGCAAAUAGUAACAAUAAAGUUGUGAGUUUAGAUUCUGACGAAGAAGAUUAUACAUUCGAAGAUGUGGUGAAGUCAGUUUCAAAGACAGUCAAAGCUAAAGAAACUGAAACGAACAAGAAAAUAGUAGAAGAUACCAUGAAAUUUGCUAGUAAUAAAAUGAAAGCGGAUGAAAAUCUUUCAAACGCCAAAGAUUUGAUAUCGAAUCUUAUGAGCAACAUUAAUAAAUCUAACACAUCCGACAAGGUGGAUCUUCUAGGUUUAGGUUCGUACGUGCCGGUAUCGAAAAGCGGCACUUCGGAUUUAUUAAAUAGGUCGGAUCUGACAGCGACUUUGAGUAACAUCAACAUGUCGAAUUUAGCUAGUAUUAUGAACAGUGUGAAGAAUUUCCCCUCUCCAAAUGACAAUAUGAAUUUUAGUCAAGCAGAGCAACCUUUGAGGUACGAACCUCCCAAUCGUAUUUCCCCAGAUAGGAGAAUAGGAGGUUAUGGGCUCGGAUCGGGAGGUUCAAUAGGCCCAGGUCCACAAAGACCUAUGGGAAUGACCCCUAUGAUGAACAUGGGGCUCAGAGGGCCGGCUAGACCGAUGAUGGGUGAUAUGGGGCCUAGUCCUGGCGGAUUUGGUAACAGGAUGCCCUUCCAAAGACCCCAAGGUAAUUUUGGGAUGCUUCAGCAACAUAGUAAUAUGCCGUUCUCGAGAGGUCCCGGAGCGAUGGAUCCCAGAAUGGGGAACCCGAGAUUUGGAGGUUAUGGGAAUAGAUGGUAGGAUUUUUUAUAUUGUAUGAUUUAAACAUUGUGAAUCUUUAAUUAUAGACAUUAAAGCGUUUA